UGAGUUUUGGAGGAGGGGACCUGGUGUAAAUAAACACAAAUUUAACAGUUUAGAGGCAACGACAGCGUCGGAGUGUUUGAGUUUAUGUGUGAUUGGACCGCAGGGGGAAAAUGUCGAGUGACGGAAACAAAAAACAGUUCUGGAAAAGAAACGCAGCGAAGGUUCCUGGCAGCAUUCAGCAUGUGUACGGCGCACAACAUCCACCCUUCGACCCGCUCCUCCACGCCAAUCUAAUUAAAGCAGGCAACAAACCGCCUCCGGCCACACCAGGCAAACCCAAGAAGGCGACCACUUUCCAGGAGUUUGAGAGCAUCACAAGCGACGCCUGGGACGUCGGGGAUGACGACGACGAGCUGCUGGCCAUGGCCGCGCAGAAUCUCAACAUCGAGGUCGUCAUGGAGACAGCCAAUAAGGUGAUUGAGAAUCACAGCAAACAGCAGGAGAGACAGAGGCAGGAUGACACGACGGAGCUGGAUCAAAGAGAAGAGGACACACAGGAGGAGGUGGUGGUGGUGGCAGAGGACGAAGAGGAGGACGAGGAAGAGGAGGAGGACAGGGCGGAGGAGGGAGAUGUGACCAGCCCAGAGGUGUCGUUUGCCUCCCAGAGCAGCCCUUACACUGAUAGCCGCCUGGUGAAGUCCCACAGCGAAGCUCCAAUUGGGUCACCUAAAGAUGCAGCAGGUGAGCGCGCAGCCCUCCACAGACAGCGGUCGCUUCCCCACCGGCAGCCCGUCAUCCCCCUCGUGGCUCGCAUGGCUGACCAGAACACAUCUGGCACCCCGGCCAUGACCGAGAGGGAGGCGUCCCGUCUGGAUAAGUUCAAACAGCUGCUGGCGGGGCCCAACACAGAUCUGGAAGAGCUACGGAAACUUAGCUGGUCCGGAAUCCCACGACAGGUCCGACCGAUAGCGUGGAAGCUCCUCUCAGGUUACCUGCCAGCCAACGCAGAAAGGCGGGAUAGCGUUCUACAGAGGAAGCGACAAGAAUACUUCGGCUUCAUCCAGCAAUACUACGACUCUCGCAACGACGAACACCACCAAGACACGUACAGACAGAUACACAUUGACAUACCGAGAACUAAUCCUCUUAUUCCUCUCUUUCAACAAGCUUCUGUUCAAGAGAUUUUCGAGCGGAUCCUGUUUAUCUGGGCCAUCCGCCAUCCCGCCAGCGGCUACGUGCAGGGCAUCAACGACCUGGUCACGCCGUUCUUUGUCGUCUACGUCUUUGAGUACAUUGAGGAGGAAGUGGAAAACUUUGACGUGUCCAGUCUCCAGGAAGAGGCUCUGAGGAACAUCGAGGCUGACAGCUUCUGGUGCAUGAGCAAGCUGCUGGACGGCAUCCAGGACAACUAUACGUUUGCUCAGCCAGGCAUCCAGAGGAAAGUCAAGGCCCUGGAGGAGCUGGUCAGCAGGAUUGAUGAGUCUGUGCAUCGCCACAUGCAGCAGUACGAGGUGGAGUACCUGCAGUUCGCCUUCCGCUGGAUGAACAACCUCCUGAUGAGGGAGCUGCCACUACGCUGCACGAUCAGACUGUGGGACACCUACCAGGCGGAACCAGAGGGCUUCUCCCAUUUCCACCUCUACGUGUGCGCUGCCUUCCUGGUGAGGUGGAGGAAAGAGAUUCUCGAAGAGAGGGAUUUUCAGGGCUUGAUGAUCCUGUUGCAGAACCUUCCCACAAUGCACUGGGGCAACGAGGAAGUGAGCGUGCUACUGGCCGAAGCCUACAGGUUGAAGUUCGCCUUUGCCGACGCGCCCAACCACUACAAGAGAUGAUAAGCGUGGCUCUCUGCAGCUCUCCCUGCUCUCCUUCCUCCUCCCUCUGUUCCUUCUUUCCUCCCCACAGUCGUCUGCUGAACUCGGAGGCCUCUCGUCCUCCAAUGGAAGUGACAUUUCCUUUUCUUAACCUCCCUUUCUCAUAUUGCCCAGUGGGCCUUUCAGCUACUAAGAGAUUCGAAUCAACCAAUGACUGAGAGGACGUGCGGUGUAGCAUUCUAACAUGUUGAUGUGGAGCCUUUUUUUUUUUUAAUUAUUUUUUUCUCUGAUCAGCUCUGAAACGUGCACUCCAGUGCAGAAUCCCUGUUCUUUAUCCUUGAAAACUUUUUUUGUUUUUUUGGAUCGCUCAAGCUGUCGCCUCAGAGAACCGACCUCGGGCCCGAUGCAGGACCACGAGCUGUUGCUCAGCAGCGCCUGGGGUCAGGUCUGGCUCAGAAAAAUGUUCCCUUCUGCUUAUAGUUAUGACCAGCACCAUGGCAAUACAUUGCUUUUCGUUCCCCGAGGCAAAAAUGUGACCUUUUUUUUCCUCCCCCUCCAGUUUGCAAAGAAAAAGAAAGACGGCAAAAGGGCAUUGCACUAGAUGGUUUACAUAUCUGAACCCUUUCUCCCAGUUGCAGCCCAACCUGAAGGAACAUGACCUCUCCUGUUUUUUGGGGGGUUUUUUUCUGCUUCAUGCCAGGAGGGACUGUUUUUCCCUUCAUGACACACUCGGACUUUACAGCGAGAGAGAUUGUCAAGUGUGUGAGGGGAAGCAUGUCUCCGACUACUUCCACAAACCACACACCGACUCGGUCCCCCCCGUUAUCCCGUCCUCCCGCCCACGCUGCAGAAUCGUUUGAGUGAGCGUAAGGCAAACAGUGGUAGAAAGGCUGCAGGUCAGGAGACUCACAUACGCAGAUCAACAUCAAAGGAAGCCAUCAGGACUGAGAAAGCUACUUGUUCCCGCUUGUUAGGUUUUUUUUUCCCCUCGGAGCUGUCUGUGUAUGAAUUGCCGUGUCUUAUCUAUUAACUACGCCACCUAUCAGAACGUAGGACUACCUCAGAACACGCAUUAACACACGGAGAUCCACUGCGCACACACAUCAGUAACACAUACAGAGAGAAUACAACAAACAGUUGCAGUCCAAAUCAGAAAUCGUCGACUGAAGCCAAAUUUAUGAAAUAGAAACGAUGCUUCACAGGGUUGAGUUUGAGCUUUCCACAUCCACAUUUUCAAAUGUGCCUUAAUUAGUUAAGGUACAGACUAGUUUGUUUUUGUUGUCUCCACUCAUUUCCUCUCCUGCUUUCAGAAGUACAGAAAGAUGUCACAUGGAAACUUGCAGUGGGAUUUCAUGCUGGUGUUUUUGCUUCCUGCUGGAGAACACGAGGUGCCAUCGAAAAGUUUUAUCUUUACAAACACUUCACCAGGUUUAACUUUAACAUCCCAGUCAAAGACGUUGUGCAGCCGUACAGCGCUUCCUGCUUGUAACGCUCCCUUGAGGUCCCCAUUAUGGGAAGAGCCAUCUGCGAUUGGCACUGAAUCUCCUGAACGGCGUCAAAAUGACACGACGACCCUUCAACUUGAUUUUAUUUUUGGGAAGAGGAAGAAGUCGGACAGAGCCAAAUCUAGCGAGUGGGGGAGUCGAGGAGUCGUGUUGUCGUGGCCAGAAGACCGAAGUGGAAUCCACCUGGCCUCGCAUUAGUGCAACAGUUGAGGCUGUUUGUACCAAAUGUUCACCCUCAAGGUUGCUUCAUUUCCGGCGCACAGCCACGUGAACGCUGAAGGAAUGAAAAAACCACGUCUGGUACAAAAUGUAGCUCUUCUGCUGUUUCUUCUCUGAGUGGUAGCUGCAGACGCACCCAUUGGUGUUGACAACAUGAUGUCACGCCGCCUCUGCUCAUGAGCCCCUUCAUACACACCCACCAACAGAACCUUUCGAUCGCACCUCUUAAAGGCAGCAGGAUUGCAACGUCUGGACAUUCCCGCAGUUAGCAUCUAAAAUCUCGGCGAGACAACUAUGAAACGACUCUGUACUGAGCUCAAGGCUUUCCAUAUCGGUUCAUGUUAUUCUAUAUAAACACACAAAAGCAGCAGGGCCAUCGGGUUAUUUGCAAAGGGUUCCUGCACCUUUACAAAUGUGGAUCCACUGAACAUCUCCAUAGCUUCCUGUGCAAUGUGAAUCUUAGAGACGAUACUAGAAACAUUUAAAACACACAUAGAGAUUCAUAGAAAUAAAUAAUAUUGCUGUUUCUUCACUUCGCAAACCAGCCAUCCCGCAUCUCCGCAACGCCGUUCGAAGUUAUUUAAUUUUCAACAUGCUGUAAACUGAGCAGAAUCAUGCCUUUACAUAUGAUUUUUUUUGUUUUUUUGUCGGACUGGAAAUCCGUUGUUCGAAGCUGCUCCUCUUGAAUGUGACAGAAACUUGACAGGCUUCACUUAGAGCGAUUAUUCAGCACACCCUUUAAAUGUAAAACGUUUCUCAUGUAGCGAGCCGCGCAUAAAUAAAACACACGACCUUCUUGUACUCGUGCACACAACCCUCCGCCUUACGGUCGGUUCCCCUCAUCCUCGCCGUAAACGCUGCUCCGUUCAUACAGAGCACAUGGGAUGUCUUACCCAAAGUCAAGUAGCACCAUAUUGGUGUAAUGUUGGGAGGCGGCGGCGGGGUAAUCAGACAUUCAUGACAUAACACAAAGCUGUUAACGUUUGGAGCCUCCUGUCGCGACUCCGCCAGGAUCCAUUAUUGUCACCCGAGCCGGCGAAGACGGUGUGCGUAGGUGUGUGAAGGAGAGAUGGAAGGAGAGAGGGAGGGUGUUGUGUUUCUUUGGAAGUUUCGGCGCUUUUUCUCUGAGAGCUGUCAGUCUUUGAUCACACGCUGGGAUUUUUCUUUUUUUUUUUUUUUUAUACACAAUCUGCACCAGUUUCACAAGCCCCUAAUCUCCCAUGCUCUCUGACAAGGAAAAACUGCACUUAAUUUGAAAGCCUAUAGCCUUUUUUUUUUUUUUUUUGUAUGAGAUAUAUUCUUUCAAUCAGCAUUUUAAAAGAUUUGUCUUUUUCAUU